UUUUAAUAAAAUAAUAUAGUAGAUGUCCAUUAUUAGCUGUCAAAAGAAUUCCUUCGAAGGAUGGUAUUCCCGUAAUUUCUUCCAAUUCCAAGGGCACAUGCUUUAGCCCUACUCCAAUUUAACCUCCGCAAAACCCAUCAUCAACGAGUCCCACCCUGUCUGGUAGUGUGUUACCUCACGGCGGACCUUCCAACGCCGACCAUAUAUACAGAGAGAGAGAGAGGAGAGAGAGAGAAUUGGCAAUCGAAAAAAUGUGUCCAACGAAGCACAAGCAAAAGCACCACCACAGCCACCACCGGUCCUCCACCUCUUCCACCGCCUCGACGGCGGCCGGCACCGGAGAAGACUGGAGGGAUGAAGCAAUCAGCAGCGGAUCCUUGAAACACGUUGACCUUCACACUGGAUCCAACGGAUGGGCGUCGCCUCCGGGUGACGUGUUCUCCGUCCGAGGACCUAAUUAUUUCACCAAAAAGGCCAAAAUUCCGGCCGGCGAGUGGUUGUUGAAUCCGGCUGGGGUCGAUUGGCUCAGAUCCAACGCGAAACUGGAUCACGUCCUCGCCCGACCCGACAACCGCGUGAUGAACGCAUUGCGCAGCUCGAAUUCUCGCGAGAAAUCGUCCAAAACUUUCGUAAUCGCGAUAAAUCUCCAAGUACCGGGCCGCGAGCACCACUCGGCGGUUUUCUAUUUCUCGAGCAAAUUGGACGAACCGAUGAGCUCGAAUUCUCUGCUCUACCAGUUCGUCAACGGCUCCGAUGCCUUCCGCAGCAGCCGGUUCAAGCUUGUGAAUAAAAUCGUCAAGGGGCCGUGGAUUGUGAAAACCGCCGUCGGGAAUUACUCCGCUUGUUUAUUGGGCAAGGCGUUGAAUUGCUACUACCACCGCGGCCCUAAUUACCUCGAAAUCGAUGUCGAUAUCGGCAGCUCCGCAAUAGCCACCGCGAUUUUGCGGCUGGCUUUAGGCUGCGUGACGGCGGUGACAGUGGACAUGGGGUUUCUGGUGGAGGGGCAAAAGGAGGAGGAGCUGCCGGAGCGUUUGUUCGGUGCGGUGAGGAUUAGUCAGAUGGAGAUGAGUUCGGCCACUUUUGUUGACGGCGCCACUCCGACGAGUAAGGUUCUGCCCAUGAGCAGCGGCGGCGAGAGUGAGAACGAGAUUGAUUAACGGCGCGUGGAUUUGCAUAGAGAUUUUUCGUUAAUUUUUAGCCGCGGUAAGUUUUUUUCUGGAAAAAAAAAUCAUGGUGAAAAUAUGAUGAUGAAUCAAUCAAUCAAUCAAUCAAUCCCCUUCUAAAUUUGGGGGAUUGAUAAUGGGUAUCUGUAGAUAAUAACCGCAACGUUUAAUUUUAAUUUAUUUUACCUUUCUCUUUAAUUGUGGUUGAAUUUCA